GGGGCUGCGGGGCUGCGCGGGGGCUGUAAACAGGGGCGGGCUGUGUCGCUGCGGUGUGGCGGCUCCCACCGCUGCGUGAGACGGUGUCCCUGGGUGUCACCGGGGCGCACACCGAGAGGAACCUGCUUCGAUGUGCGUGUCAUGGCAUAAAAAUAGCUGCGAUCCACCUGCGCGCCGGGGCGGCGGCGCAGCGGCGGAGGGGGGCCACGCAGGAGCCAUGGGCGCCGCCGGACUGCGGAAGCCCGCAGGCCACCCGGCAUCUGAGACCCUCGCAACCAAGAGGACCAGUCCCGAGGACCACUGCUCGCUGCUUGGGCUCUCCUUCCAGCUCCUUACCUUUCAUCAUCACUAAGGCAGCAGAAUCUAUUCUGAGGAAGGUUGUUGGAGGGAAAGGAUGGGUCUUUGAGCCCGGGGAGGAGAGGACCCAACCCUGUGAGGAGAAAAGGAAACCGCUUUUCUGGAUUCACUCAAGUAUGCCUGACACCCCUUCACUUCCAGCAACGGCUGCCUGGUGACGGAGCCCAUCAUCACUCAAGCCACAGUUCCCCGACACCUUGAAGAUGUGCCCCGGUAACUGGCUCUGGGCCUCCAUGACUUUUAUGGCCCGCUUCUCCCGCGGCAGCUCAAUCCCCGUUCGCACUCGAGGGAGCCUGGAGGAGAUGCACGCGGUGCACCAUCCUUUCCUCAACGUCUUUGAGUUGGAGAGGCUCCUCUACACAGGCAAGACAGCCUGUAACCAUGCCGAUGAGGUCUGGCCAGGCCUCUACCUCGGAGACCAGGACAUGGCCAACAACCGCCGUGAGCUACGUCGCCUGGGCAUCACCCAUGUCCUCAAUGCCUCACACAGCCGGUGGAGGGGCACCCCCGAGGCCUACGAGGGACUGGGCAUCCGCUACCUGGGGGUCGAGGCCCAUGACUCGCCAGCCUUUGACAUGAGCAUCCACUUUCAGACUGCUGCGGACUUCAUCCAUCGGGCACUGAGCCAGCCAGGAGGGAAGAUCCUGGUACACUGUGCUGUGGGAGUGAGCAGAUCGGCCACCCUGGUGCUGGCCUACCUCAUGCUUUAUCAUCACUUCACCCUCGUGGAGGCCAUCAAGAAAGUCAAGGAUCACCGGGGCAUCAUCCCCAACCGGGGCUUCUUGAGGCAGCUCCUAGCCCUGGACCGGAGGCUGCGGCAGGGUCUGGAGGCAUGAGAGCAGGAAAGCGAGCGAGCGGGCCAGGUUCCUGGGUAGUUUCCUGGCUCCCAGCUGGGAAGAGGAGACCCAGGUGGCAGGUAGUAGAAAGGCCAGACAACCCAUCCUCCCCCAUUGGCAGGAGAGGGAAGGGCCCCCGAGGCCACUGUGACUCUGUGGAAGGGGAUGGAGAGCCACGUCGGGCAGUGUGGUAGGUGGGGGCUGCUGACCCGGGAAGGAAGCAGCUGGGCUAUAGGUAGAAGACGAUUCUGUGAUUAGGACAGCACCAGAUUCCAGCAGGGUGUGCCCAGUGACUCAGAACCCCUUCCCCUCAUUGUGUUCAAGUGUUCCCCUCUCUCACUUUCCAAACAAAAAGGACCCAGCCGCUGAGCAGGACCUGAGCAGUGCAGGGAGGGGUGUGUGCGUAGAGGAUGCAGGAGCAUGGAUGGGAGGGAAGGUGUACAGGUGCAGAAAACGGUGGAAAAAGACUCGGUGAUGGAGUGGUGUGAAAGCCACAAAGCCAGAGCAAGAAACCUCCAGGUGUACAACUCCAGGAAGAGGAAGUGUGGGAAGACUGAUAUGACACCCCAGAGGAGCUGCUCAAGGUCCGAGGAGGGAGUCUUUAGGUGGUCAUAUUCUCACUGAAAACCAUGUGUCUGGAGUAAAAAUAAAGAGUUGAAAAAGA